AGACGAACGAGAAUAAGUCGCCCGGGGUAACAUGUUUUAUACCAGUGCACGUUGAACAAAAGCUAAACUACAUACAGUGCCAUCAUGGACGUCCUGGAUGGGGUCCCGAAGUGUGUUUUGGGCUACCAGGUUAAAACCCGGACCCAGAUCGUUUUCAGCUUCUUGAUUCCGGUGAUUUUGGAGCUGAUGGUGUACACGGUAGUGAUGACGGCAGACGUGUUGGUUGUGAUCGAACAUUUCUGGAACGGCAAUACCCACUGGGCUUGGGCUACGGUGAGCUUCAUGUGGAUUCCGGCGAUAGCGUCGUUCGCCAGCAUUCUGUCCUCCCCCAGCCAAUGGCCGGAACAGAUAGGGUGUGACGCGCAAACCUGGCACUUUGUGGGGAAAUACAUCCUGGUGCUGCUUUUAUUUCCCCUGGCUGCAAUUUACAGGUUCAAUCGACGGAUCUUCUGGAGUAUCGAGGCGCUGUUCCACGACCGCAGCUCCUAUGGUCGAGUGCAAGCAGUAGCAAAGAUUCGUGAAACAUCGCCGUUUGAGUUGUACCACUUUCUCCAGGCCUUCUUGCAUGCGGCCCCGCAGAUGUUCCUUCAGCUAUACAUUCUGUUACGGGAGGACAUAUUCCGGAACUUCGAUACCGUAACUGCUCAAGUUGUUAGUGUAGUUUUCUCCUUCAUCACAAUAGCGGGAAUCAUUACGUCUUAUCAACGCUUCGAGAGUCAAAAAAUCGUCGGUCGUUCCUACCCGUGGAGCUCUGAGGAGCAAGUGAAAGCUCGAAAACAUCAAUUCACGAGAAACACUAGCAAAGCAGAAAACGUUAAAGAGCGCAAUGUUUCAUCGAUAAAUCCUACAAAUGACCCAAUAGUUCCCAAUAUUAUGAGGAACUUUUAUUCCAAGUACGGAGACAGUUCUCGCAGCAGUACCUCUGAUACAUAUCGGAAAACCCUGAACGUCGAAAAGGCGAACUUUGAUACCACUUCGACCAAGAACCACCCUGAUCCAUACGUUAACUUUACCGAUGACGAUAAGCUCUACGUACCAGAUACGGUGGAUUCGUUAUCAUCGCCAUCUGUCAGCUUCAAACAGGAUCUGAUUGAAAACAUUCACGAAAUACAUGACUACGUUCGGCGAACAGAUGAUCACAAGUUGGCUGCUCAAAGCCGUUUCGAUUCCAGCGACGAAGAAUACGAGGAUCCGAUCACCGCGGACCAUCUGGACAAAAGCCCUCGAACUCCUGCUCCUCCGACACCAGCCGCAUAUGUCCUGCAACGCGCUUCUAUGCUUAAGAACAUUUUCGUCUUCGACGCAUCAAAUUUUAUCAAAGAUCAUGUUCCCCGGCUGCCGGAAGGAAUGUUUGAAACAGAUCAAAAGAAAGACAACGAGCCGGUUGACGCGGUAGACGGAGAUUUGAUAUCAUUACCCGUACGACGAGAGAUGAUCAACGGUUUGGAAGAGGACGACUUUGUCGGUAAAGCAGUUUUAUUCACCGGUUGGGUAAUGUUUUUGCUGAUGCGCAUGAUAACGCUGUCAGUGUUCUAUGUCUUCUUCCCAACUUUCUUUUGGGCGGUUGUUGGCAACCACUAUCUGCUGAUGAUAGCUUGCAUGAUCUAUGAAGUACGGUUCCACGAAAAGCUCGAACGAUACUAUUUCUACCCGUUCCUAGCCUAUAUCUACACUUAUUCAUUGAUUGAGUUCAAGAUAAAAUUCAUUCACGUACGAACCUGGUACGUUGGAUACAUUGUGAUAGUUUUUGUGGAGAACGUUACCAUGAGCGGUUUAUGGUACAAUUUGGGAACAUUCGAAUCGUGGUGGUUUGACUUCAUGCAUUAUACGACCAUCGGAAGUGGCGUGCUAAGUUUAUUGUGUUUUAUGUUUUAUUACGCGUAUCUUAAACCUAAAGAUAAGCUACUAUUUGUCAACUGAAUGUGAAAAGCAACAUGACGUUAUUGGUUAAAAUAUAUUAAAACUUAAAAUCGAUAAUUUUCAAGAUUUUGAAAAAUUAAUCAAGCUCAUAUAUAUUCGAAUAAAUUAAAAUAUGUAUCACAGGUUCAUAAAUACAUUUCUCAGAACAGAACAAAUAAAAAAAAUAA